AUGGCGUCCCCGCGUGCGCCCGACUGGCCCCGUGGCCUCAUCUUCGCCCCCGGCGACGCCGAUCUCAUAACAAUCCACCUCCAGCGCAAGAUCUCCGGGUCCUCGCUCCCCGCCGCCGACGCCCGGUACAUCCACAACGCGGACGUGUACGCGGCCGAGCCCGCCGCGCUCGUCACCGGCCUCCUCUCCGCCUCGGCGAGGAGCGACGGCGAGGGCAGGGAGUGGUACUUCUUCACCUCCGUGCGGGCCCAGAGCAGCCGGGACACCCGCAGGUGCCGCGCCGUCGCGGGUGGGGCCGGCACCUGGCAUUCGGAGAAGGCGCGGUGCGUCGUGCUCGACGGGGACGGCGGCAUCGUCGGGUACCGCCAAUCCUUCACCUACGAGCCCAAGAACGGCUGGCUGAUGCUCGAGUUCAGCCAACAAGAACCCCGCCGCGGCGAGGCCAUGCCCGUCCUCUGCAAAAUCUACCAGAAGCGUCGUGCCGGCCGGUCCGCCUCGAAGACGAUUUCGUCUGGGUCGUCGUCGAUGUCGGGAUCCAAGAGGAAGGCGGCGGCCGCGGAUGAGCGCUCCGUCGAGGGUUCCUCGGCCCGCGUGAGGCGAUGCCUGCAGUUCCGUCCGCCUCCUGCCGCACCAAAUCCGCCCGCACUGUUUGCUACAUCGGGGAUUCAAGAAGCGUUCUUGCUUUCAGUCGAGCGGCCGCAGGCAGAGCAAGAACCAGAGGAGCCGCAAGAACCGCCGGUACGCAUAGCACACACAGCCACACCGCUGAUUCCCAGCUUCUCCAUGGCCGCCGACCACGCCCUGACCUUCGACCGCACCACCUUCCUCCGCCCCGCCCAAGAUUGGCCCAUGCCGAUGCCAGUGAAUUCGGACCUGAGCGACACGUCGACGGCACUACUGGGCAAUUAUGGCUUCGUCUCACCAGCCACCUCCGAGCUGAGCAGCUACAAUGCUACGACACCCUUGAGAGAUAACACCGGCGCUUGGGCCUUUCAGCCGUCCGCCCUGACCUCCUCCUAUGACACCACCUUCCUCCUCCCUGGCCAAGAUUGGGCCACACCAGAGUCGUCACAAGUCAGUGAGGCAUCGACGCUGGACAGCUACGGCUGCUUCUCGCCCGACCACGCCACAUCCAGGCUCACCACACAGCCGAUCAGCAAUGGCACCGGCUAUUGUUGGUCUUUCCCGCAGUACAGCGAGCUAUCGGCAAUUUUUGGCGCCUGA